AUGCCUGCAGCAAGGUCACCCUCACCAGCUUUCAUCCCAAGCGAGAAGGAGCUUGCCGAGCUUCGUACGGUCAAGUUCUCGUCUCUGCUGGAUCAAGAUAAACAAGAGAUGCGCAAGCUUCUUGCUGCUGCCGAGGAGGUCGGUUUCUUCUACCUCGACCUCACUGACGAUGCUUCGCGGGAUCUGCUGGAUACUCUCGACGACCUCAAGAAGGUCAUGGCAGAUUGGUUCGCCCAGCCAGAGGCCAUCAAGAAGAAGACUCCCCUCGUUACCAAGGCCCACGGCUACAAGGCUCUGGGAACCCAUGCCGGUGUGGGCGGACAGCGUGAUGGCUGGGAAGCGCUCAAGAUUGGCAAGCCUGAAUUGGCUGCCCGAUGGGCUCUCUCGCCAGUUGUCAAGCAGCAUCUCGCCGAGUUCGACACUUUCGUCUCCAGCAGCCAUUUCGUUUUGAAAGUGAUCUUGAGCAGUCUUUCGACGCAGCUUGGCGCCACUGGCGAUGAUUCGCUCCAAAACUUCCACCGCGAUGACCAACCUUCGAAGUCCUCGGUAUUUUUCCUCCACUACCCACCUCGCUCCGGUGAGGAGAAUAUCGGUCAGAACAUGCACACCGAUCUCGGUUCACUCACACUCCUCUUCGCCGCUCAAUGGGGUCUUCAAGUCUUGUGCCCAUCGGAGUCUCAAUCCAUGCACACUGAAGUACAGCAAUCAGCGGGACAAGAGAGCAUGGAGUGGAAAUUCGUUGAGCCUCGUCCGGGCCACGCGAUUAUCAACAUUGGUGACUCUCUGCGCUUCCUUACCAAAUUCCGUCUUCGAUCUGCCCUGCACCGUGUCCUCCCGCUCUACGACACCGACCGCUACUCAGUCACCUACUUCCUUCGCCCGAGCGACGAUGCCAAAUUUGUGGACUCGGACGGCGAGGCAUGCGACGCGAUGACGUGGUACCUGAAGAAGAACUCCACAUACGAGUCGUCGUACCAGGCACAAGCCAAGAGCUCAGUACUCUUGGGUGGAAUCCAAAACCACGCCAGCAUUCACAAUGGCAUUGCGGUCUAG